UAAAAAAGUCAAUAAAACACAUCGUGUUUUGCAUUUUUCUUCAUUUUCCAUUAAAAUCCAUCAAAUUUUCAAGAUUCCAAGGUAACAGAGCGAAAAUGCGUGACGAUACGCCGCCACACGAGCCCCAUACGGAUGAUUUAUUGGAUCACGAUGAGAUGAUUUACAUCGGAGACUUGACUGACGAGGUAAUUGACGACUUGGGCGAAGCUCUUGGCGACGACGAAUCCGAUGAAGGCGAAGAUAUGCUUCCCACGCUCGACGAAGUACCUGAAGACGAAAAUGCCGUACCCGAACGCGAUGAUUCCGUACUGACAUUCAAAAAGCACGAAGCUCCGAUCUUUUGCGCUGCCAUUCAUCCCACGGAAAAUCUCGCAGUGACAGGAAGCGAAGACGACAAAGCGUACAUUUGGAAUACGGAAACGGGCGAAGUGGUUUUUGCUGUUACGGAUCAUCAUGACUCUGUGAUUUCGGCGGAAUUUAGUCACGACGGGGUUUUUGUAGCGACUGCUGAUAUCGCGGGCGAGAUUCAAGUGUUCAAGACGACAAAAGAAUACAAGAAAGUUUGGUCUUUCUCGAUGGGCGACAUGUGUUGGAUGAAAUGGCACACCGCAGGACAUGUUUUACUUGCUGGCUCAGAUUCGGGAGAGAUUUAUGUUUGGCGAAUUCCAUCGGGGGAUUGUAAAGUUCUUCAAGGAAAUGGCGAAAAAUGCGAAACUGCCAGUUUAUCAGCUGAUGGAAAGAAACUCGCCGCUGGAUAUGGCGAUGGAAUGUUCAAAUUGUGGGAUUUAAAGUCUUGCACGACUCUCAUUGAAAUGCCGCCGAACGAGAAUCUCGGGCAUACACGAACUAUAACGUCAGUUUCGUGCGACAAAAACAACCAAAUGGUUCUGACAGGCAGCGAAGAUGGCAAAGCGACGUUAAUUGGUCCAAAUGGGCCCGUGGGUUCGUUAAAUCCGCAUGCGGGAGCAAUUGAGACAGUUUUGCUCGAUUGCCCCGAUUUGGAUUCGAAAAUCGCUGUGACAGGAACCUUGGAUGGCAAAGUGACAAUUUGGGAUGCAAGUCGUCAAAUUGCACGAACAGAAUGUGAAGACCCCAAUCCCGUUGGUAUAACUCGCAUGGUUUGGGCGAAAGAUUUUGCGAUACUUGCAGGUACUUUAAAUGGCGCCAUCAAAGUUUGGGAUGCCCGAACAGGACAAUUGCGGUUUUCUUUGCUCGGACAUACCGAUAACAUCAACGACGUGUGCUACGAUCGCAACAAAAACAUCGUUUUGACGGCAUCUGAAGACAGCACGGCGAAAAUUUUCCAUUAUAAUUUGCCCAUUUAGCAUACGGCGAAACGCGUGUAUGAAAUUUGCAUCAAAAACCGCCGGAAUGUACAUAAAAUUUACCUGUGAAACAAUAAAAAUUAGCCAAAUACACCGACGAA